AUGAGGUCAGCAGAGAACGAACAGGGAAUAGGUGAUUGGUCAGCCAGCUAUAAUUCGUAUACCAACUGUGGCGAUGUUAAUUCCGUACAAGAGAGACAGCCUAAUCCAAAUAAUCCCAUGGAGUACUGUUCAACUGUACCACCCUUGCAACAGUUAGCUGGCGGUUUGCCGCCACCACCAGCGGUGAUGGUACCUGUGGGUGUUUUAAAAAGAGAGGGUUCAAAACAUCGUGCAGAAGGACAAAAAUCUGUAAUAUUCAGUGAUGGAAUAAGGCCUGGCUGUGACCUGACAGAGUUAGACACGUGUUGGGACCCAAAACUACCAUACCGUAAGCAGGGAAAUAAACGGAUGUUCGCAUCGGGGUCUGCGUUGACUGACACUGCAAGAAGGCAAAAUCAUCCACCUUUAGAUAGUACGACCAAUAGUUAUAUACCACAUGAUUCUAAUUUAUUGCCUCCGACUGUCACGAUACACAAAGGCCAAAUUGUAUACCAUCCACCUAUGGACGAAAUUGUGCUUUAUAAAACACUGAAAAACGAAUGCGAACCAUCAGUAAUGUUUGCAAUUAAUCAUAAUCUUUACGCAUAUGUGAAAAUAACCAAUUUAAAUUGCUGCGUAAACAAGAUCUGCUGGAAUGUGACAUCGAGAGGUCUUGCUUGUAUUGGUCAGGAUGAAAUCAUUUUAUUAGUUGAAAUUUUGCCAGAUGAAACACGGAUUCCAAAGGAACUUCUCAUAUAUAUUAAUCAAUUAUAUCUCGAAGCUAUUAAAGGUAAUACAGUGACGGAACUCGGCUUCUCAGUAUAUCAAAGUACCAACCUAUUAUUAGGUUCACGCGAGCAUGUGGGAUUUCUUUUUAUUCGUCAAACAUUGCAAUGCUUACAAAAGAUUAUUUUACCGCCAGCACCUUUCUUGAUUGGUCUGUUGGUUCACAG